AAUUGAGGAAGAAAUACCAAAAAGUUCUUGCGGUGCACGGUUUGCGCCACGUAUACAACACAUCUGGCUCGAGCGCAGGCCAACAUUCGUACGCCAGAAGAGCUUCGCUAAUUCACCCAACCCCCUACGCGUAGAAAGCCUCCAGUUUUGUCCUUGAGGGGAAUAUCUGAACAAUCGAAGAAAUUUUUGGGAAUUGGUAGAUUCAGCUCUGGGCUGAUCCAUUUUUCGGGAAAGAAAACGAUAAACGUCUUCAACUAUCGUAGUUGAGGAGAAAACCUAUUACAUGAAUCUACCGCUGAAUUGCGAGCAAAUAGUUAUGCUUGGCGAUUUGAUAGUUCGCAGAAAUUAUUUACUUACUGGGUUUUUAUUUUCUUCAAUCGCAUAUUUUUGCAGUAUAAUCUCUGAGAGAGAGAGGAUGCAUUGUUGAUAGGUUUCCAGUUCGAUAAUUGCCUGGGCAUCUACAAAUAUGUAGCAUUUCUGAGUCCAGCUAGUGAUUCAGUUCAAUGGAUGAAGAGGAAGAGGAUAGGGUUUUACUGAGCACCUUAGGUGUCACAUCUGCGAACCCGGAAGACAUUGAGCGCAACAUAUUAGAGAAGGCAAGAAAGGACGCAGGGGACUAUAAUGAGGCUUCUGGAGCUAGAGAGGAGGAAACUGUUGGUCGAACAAAGAGCACGGAAACAUCUUCCUCUAGUAAUGAGAACUUAGUUAACAAAUUGAGGGCAGUUCAAGUUGAAAUAGAUGCUGUCACAUCUGCUGUGGAACAGCUAGAGAACUUCAAGAGAGACGAAGAUCAUCUUCCUGAUGGCGAUGACGAAAUAGAGCAGGGAAAUGCAGAGGCAGAAAGAAAUAUUCUUCAGGCAUCUUCAAAUGACUUGACGCUUCAGCAUGCUCUUGCUGUUGAUCGAUUACAAAGCCUGAUAAAAACAAGGGCACAGCUUGAGAAAGAAAUUUCAGAUUCUCCUAGGAACAGCCAGCAUGAUAGGUUUUUGAGAAAUCUUGUAAAGGAAGAGCCUAGAUCCAAGCGAUGGUUGAAAGAAGUUGAAAAAACAAGUCAGAAUCAAAAGAAACGGCUUAAAAGAGUUUCAUUCAGUGAAGAUGAUGAUUUUGAUGCUGUUCUAAAUGCAGCAUCGGCAGGAUUUGUGGAAACAGAAAGGGAUGAGUUAGUUCGAAAAGGAAUUUUGACUCCCUUUCACAAGCUUAAAGGUUAUGAACGUCGUAUUCAAGAACCAGGUUCAUCUAGUAGGCAUGUGGCAUCUGAAGAUGCAGUGGAAAAUAAUGAUCUCGCUUCAUCGAGCAUAGCUAGAGCUGUUCAGUUAAUUUCUGAGGCUUCACAAGCACGCCCCACAACGAAGAUGCUUGAUCCUGAAUCAGUACCAAAACUUGAUGCACCCAGCAUCCCGUUUAGAAGACUAAGAAAGUCCUAUAAGGUUCCUCGGUCCCUUGAACUGGAAUCUGAGAAGGGGAAAGAUACCAAGAGAAAGAAGAGAAGGCCUCAACCCGGGAAGAAGUGGAGGAAGUUGGUUUCUCGUGAGGAAAAAUUCCAGGAGGAACUCGAUGGGAAGACCUCCAGCAAUGAAGAUGAUAGUCUCGAAGACGUAGAAGAUGUCGAUGACGAAGGGCCUCCCUUUUUGACUCUUGAGGGGGGUUUAAAAAUCCCAGAAACAAUUUUUAGCAAUCUUUUUGACUACCAGAAGGUUGGUGUUCAAUGGUUAUGGGAACUUCAUUGUCAAAGAGCUGGUGGAAUCAUUGGAGAUGAGAUGGGUCUUGGUAAAACUGUGCAGAUUUUAGCUUUCCUUGGAUCAUUGCAUUUCAGUGGUAUGUACAAGCCAAGCAUCAUUAUUUGUCCAGUCACACUUUUGCGGCAGUGGAGGCGAGAAGCUAGAAAAUGGUACCCUGGGUUUCAUGUCGAGUUAUUACAUGAUUCUGCUCAGGAAAUACCCAUUAGAAAAAAGCGAUCAAGAUCCAAUGACAGUGAUUGUGAUAGCGAAGAUUCUACUAAUAGUGGUUCUGAAGAAAAAUCAUCAUCCAAAAAUACCAAAAAGUGGGAUUCUUUGAUAAAUCGAGUUUUGAGAUCGGAAUCUGGACUGCUAAUAACCACGUACGAGCAACUUCGUCUCCAAGGUGACAAAUUGCUUGAUAUUGAGUGGGGAUAUGCAGUUUUAGAUGAAGGACAUCGCAUUCGUAAUCCAAAUGCUGAAGUCACUCUUGUUUGCAAGCAGCUACAGACUGUUCACCGCAUAAUAAUGACCGGUUCACCAAUUCAGAAUAAGCUGUCUGAAUUGUGGUCUUUAUUUGAUUUUGUAUUUCCUGGAAAGUUGGGAGUCCUGCCUGUAUUUGAGGCUGAAUUUGCAGUUCCAAUAUCUGUUGGUGGUUAUGCUAAUGCAACUCCUCUUCAAGUCUCUACUGCUUACAGGUGUGCUGUUGUCCUACGUGACUUGAUCAUGCCUUACCUUCUUCGACGAAUGAAGGCGGAUGUAGAUGCUCAACUUCCAAAAAAGACUGAACAUGUCCUUUUCUGCAGCCUUACGCCAGAGCAGCGAUCUUUGUACCGUGCAUUUCUUGCUAGCUCAGAGGUUGAACAGAUUUUCGAUGGUAGCAGAAACUCCCUCUACGGAAUUGAUGUGAUGCGUAAAAUUUGCAACCAUCCCGAUCUUCUUGAGAGAGAGCAUUCUCAUGGGAAUCCAGAUUAUGGAAACCCCAAACGCAGUGGAAAAAUGAAAGUUGUUGCUGAAGUGCUUAAUGUGUGGAAGGAGCAGGGACACCGUGUUCUUCUUUUUGCACAAACACAACAAAUGCUUGAUAUUAUUGAGAAUUUUCUUAUUGCUGGUGGCUAUAAUUACAGGAGAAUGGAUGGUCUGACUCCCGUCAAACAAAGAAUGGCUCUGAUAGAUGAAUUUAACAAUUUAGAUGAUGUAUUCAUUUUUAUUUUGACAACGAAGGUUGGUGGCCUGGGAACAAAUUUAACUGGUGCUAACAGAGUGAUCAUUUUUGACCCUGACUGGAAUCCCUCUACCGAUAUGCAGGCUCGAGAACGUGCUUGGCGUAUUGGUCAGAAGAAGGAUGUAACUGUUUAUAGAUUGAUUACCCGUGGAACCAUUGAAGAGAAGGUUUAUCAGAGACAGAUAUAUAAGCAUUUCCUUACCAAUAAGAUAUUGAAAAAUCCGCAGCAGAGAAGAUUCUUCAAAGCCCGUGAUAUGAAGGAUCUUUUCACACUGAAUGACGAUGGUGAUGGUGGCUCUACUGAAACAUCUAGUAUAUUCAGCCAGGUAUCUGAAGAAGUGAAUGUUGUUGGAGCUUGCAAAGAUGAGCAGGAUGAAUCGAAAGUCAUGAAGCCUGGCAGGUUAGUUACUGGUGGUUCUGCAACUGAUGCAGGAUGUAAUUUGGUGAAUAAAAAUAUGGACGAAGAAAAAGUGAAUCACGGUGAUAAGAAGGCGGAUGAAGAAACAAGCUUUUUGCAGUCUCUCUUCGAUGCCCAUGGGAUUCAUAGUGCUGUGAACCAUGAUGCCAUCAUGAAUGCUCAUGAUGAAGAUAAGAUAAAACUUGAGGAGCAUGCCUCUAGAGUUGCACAGAGAGCUGCUGAAGCCUUGCGGCAGUCACGAAUUCUUCGAAGCCAAGAAAGUAUAACUGUUCCAACCUGGACGGGCAAAUCAGGAACUGCUGGUGCACCGUCAUCCUUGAGAAGGAAAUUUGGCUCGACAAUUAAUUCUCAAUUGGUGAGUACUUCACGACCACUAGAAGAAGUUCAAAAUAAUGAGACCAGCAGGCCAAAUAGCUUUGCUGCUGGGGCAUCUUCUGGCAAAGCAUUAUCUUCAGCAGAGUUGCUUGCUAGGAUAAAAGGAAACCAACAAAGAGCUGUUAGUGAUGGACUUGAGCAUCAGUUUGUCUUGGGUGCACCCUCGACUGCGGGAGAACGAUCUGCCGUUAAUGGGCAUUCUAAAUCAUCUAGUAGCUCAGGGGUACAGCCAGAACUUCUGAUUCGUCAAAUCUGUACAUUUAUUCAGCGUAGAGGGGGAAGCACAAGUUCAGCCAGCAUAGUGGAUCACUUCAAGGAAAGGAUACCUUCUAAAGAUUUGCCUUUGUUUAAGAAUCUUUUGAAGGAGAUAGCUACAUUGGAGAAAAGCCCGGAUGGAUCCUCCUGGAUUCUGAAGCCAGAAUACCGAGAUCAAUGAUGUAUUUUGAGUUCUUAUUCUUCUGAACAAUUAUUUCGUAGGGAAUCCAGGGACUACGGGACCUUACCCGUCCUUUAUUGGUUAGAUCACACACUCUUUUGAAGACUGUUAUUUUUGUCUGUGGCUGCGGCCCGACUAUAGAGUCUCUUUAGUUCAGAUGAAAGACUCGACUAUUUUGAUGUACAUGGCACAUGUUUUUUAUACAGCAUUGGAGAAAGCUGUUAUUUUGCAUGUUAAAGUUCCAAUAUAUGUCUUUGUGUGUGGAAA